UAAAUGUCUUCCUUAGGGGGGAUUCAUGACUUUGAUCCCUUCCCGUUGGUUGUCACACGCGUCAAACUGUGUUGAUCACCACGGCGGAGAGUGUAAGUGACUGACUGGGGAGCGUCCUGGGCGAGGACCACAGCGCUUAAAUCUUUUAUCUGAAGAAUGGCCGCUUUGGUGAUAACUGGAUUGGUUUAUCCCUACUAGCUCCUGGCCCAUAUCUCCGGGGAAAACAUUGUUUGCAUUGCUCAAUAAAGACUAAGGGCAACUCUACAGACGGUGUUCGCUGCGCACAAUCACAGCUCCAGGACCAGCGGUGGAUCCGGUGCGCUCUAGCAGAAAGCUGGGCUCCGUUAACAGUCAGUGCUCCUUUCCAUGCCUGCAAGCCUGAGCAACCGGUCGUCAUCUGCGGAACCCUUUGGAAUGAAACCGCUAUAAUCCAAACCUGUCUUCCUCUGUUUGUUUCACUCUUUUCUUACUGUACAUCAGGAAAUAUUCUGCAUCUGCAAGUUGACGUGUGUCUGACGAACUGGAGGGGAAGACGCAAUGGCAUCCCCGGUGAAAGCAGCGUUAGCUCUCCUGGUUAUCACCAUGGCAACUGCCUUGUGCGCGGAGGUGGAGGAACGGCUGGUGAGUCACCUGUUGUCACCGGAGCAUUACAACAAGCUGAUCAGACCAGCUGUCAACAACAGCGAGCAGGUCACUAUCUACAUCCAAGUGUCUCUAGCCCAGCUGAUCAGCGUGAAUGAGAGGGAGCAGAUCAUGACCACCAACUGUUGGCUCAAUCAGGUAUGGCAUGACUACAGAUUGAUGUGGAACCCUGAAGAGUAUGAAGGAAUCAAGAAGAUCCGACUCCCGACACAACACAUCUGGCUGCCAGACAUCAUCCUCUACAACAAUGCUGAUGGGACCUAUGAAGUCUCAUACUACUCCAAUGCCGUGAUCUCCAACAACGGUGAGGUGUACUGGCUACCACCAGCUAUCUACAAGUCGGCUUGCAAAAUUGAAGUCCGUGAUUUCCCUUUUGACCAGCAAAACUGUACCCUCAAGUUUCGCUCCUGGACUUAUGACCACACUGAGAUUGAUCUCAUCCUACUCAGUGAUUUUGCCAGUCGUGAUGACUUCAAACCCAGCGGUGAAUGGGAUAUUGUCUCACUGCCUGGACGUAAGAACGAAGACCCUAAUGACAUCAAGUACCUGGACAUCACUUAUGACUUUAUUAUCAAGAGAAAACCUCUGUUCUACACUAUCAACCUGAUCAUCCCCUGCAUCCUGAUCACGUCGCUUGCUAUUCUGGUGUUCUACCUCCCAUCAGACUGUGGCGAGAAGAUGACUCUCUGUAUCUCUGUCCUCCUCGCCCUGACCGUGUUUUUGCUCCUAAUCUCAAAGAUUGUACCACCUACAUCUUUAGCAGUGCCUCUGAUUGGGAAGUACCUGAUGUUUACCAUGGUGCUGGUCACCUUCUCCAUUGUCACCAGCGUUUGUGUGCUUAACGUGCACCAUCGGUCCCCAAGUACACAUACUAUGCCUCCUUGGGUCAAGCGUGUCUUCCUGUACCAGCUCCCCUCUUACCUCUUUAUGCGGCGACCCGGCAGCUCCAACAUCCGUGACAAGUUCCGGAAAAAACACCAGAAGCGACCAUACUCUGACCAGAAGCUGCGUGGCGUGGACGGAGGAAGUCACGCGGGAAUGGCAGAUUCCUCUUCGUCCUUCUUUGUUAACGAGGAGUCUGCCAAAUGCUAUGGCUGGAAGAUCAGAAACUUGCCAGAGAACACAGAGUUCAGAAAGAGGAUGACACUCAAGAGCAACAUUGAUUUGGAGGAUGCGAUAGACGGAGUGUGCUACAUCGCUGAAAAGAUGAAGAGCGAGGAUGAUGAUGAAGGGAUCAUUGAAGACUGGAAGUAUGUGGCCAUGGUGAUCGACCGCCUCUUCCUGUGGGUCUUUGUCUGUGUGUGUGUUGUUGGGACAGUAGGACUCUUCAUGCAGCCUCUGUUCCACAGUUAUAACACCCCCAUUAUUGAUGACAUGAAACAUAACUAAAACCUGGAACUUUAGUCUCAACAUGACUUAGACAUGAACUUUGAGCCCCCCCCACCCAAGAAGCACAACUCUGAUAACAUUUUAAAACAUAAUGCACACCCCGCUCUCAUUGGAAAAUGAUAUGGAGGCACUUUAGCCUCCACCACGACCUAGUCCCCUGCUAACUUCCAUCCCUGAAGAUCACUUCCCUGUGUCCUUUUGCCACUAUUUCUAUAACAGUGUAUGGGUGUGUGUGAACAGGUGCCCGACACUGUGACAGACUGAUCGAAUCUAUGGCAAAGUGUUAUGAUGUUUGACAGCAGCCAUAUUUUGUUACAGUAGUGCUAAAAUACAGGACUUAAUGCCAUUGACCACAGGGCUGUUGUUACUCACCAUAUGUCUUUUAAAAGGUACAGUACACUGGUUUCAGUUCAGUUCUUAUCAGGAUCAUCAUCACCAAGAAAUCCAGCAGCAGCAGUAGCAUUGAGUAGUAUUUUAUACACACUGUCCUGGAGCAAAUGAGCCAAACACUCUGACUUUUCACUCAUCUUCCAUCAUGCCUCAUUAUUGCAGCCUGUUCUCAGCAAUAUUACUUGAAUCAGUGUCCAGAAAUUAUUUCAAAGAGGUUUUAUAACAAGUCUCUGUCAUAAUGCACUCAUCUGUCACUGCUACUGUACCAAGGUUAGCCAAGGAAAAGGUCUGCUGUACUAAUUCAGCUGUACAGAUUUCUUUUAUUUUUGUUUUGUUAAUGGGUGGAAUGAAACUUGUUCUUUCUUUUGUCUCACUGACCAGCGAUCUCAUUUGGUUUCUUGACUUUUGUUUGUUGAGGCAAUAAAUGCAGAGAAUUACAAGAAAGGCCUGUGAUGGGAUCUAUCAUUCUAACUAGAUCAAUAAAGGGAAAUGAAAGCGACGAGCAGAAAUAAUGUAACA